UUCUCUUUCUCAAUCCGCGAAGACAUGUAUUAACUGUCCAUUGGUCAAUGAUUUUCCUGAAAAUGGUAACUGUCUUCAAGUCUGCCUUAACUGUGACAACACAUGCAUGUUUCUGCAAUGCGCAAUGACCCACUUGCUUGUCGUGUUGUUGGUUGCUAUGUUCUCUUUUUCUUCUUCUGUCUCUGCAUAUCACUGGUUUUCCAAACCUCUUGUUGGAGAUGAUGGAAGGGUCUAUGUUUGUUCUGGUAACAACUUUUUUGCGUUUGAAAACAACGGUACCAUUGCAUGGACCAUGCAUUUAGACUACAAAUGCAACCUUGGUACUGCCCCACUUCAUGGUGGCCAUGGGAAGGUAUACUUGGUAGCUGAUAACAGAAUAUUGGUGAUUAAAUAUGGAAGCAUGGAGCCUGAAGCAGAAGUUUUCUUUGGUCCAGGACCAGGUAAACCUGCAGAAGCUGAAAUUAUUGGGCUCUCAGUGAGCACAUUAGGCUCAAAUGUUUACAUCAAUGUCAAGAAUCGAGGACUCUUUGCAUAUCAGCGGCAUGGUCGUUUGCUUUGGAGUGUGGGACCUGUACUUUACCAAUUUGGCUACCGGCAAGGAUGCAAGAAAAAUCUUACAGAUUGCUACUUUGCUUCAGUUCCUGUGCUUGAUCAAUGUGAGGCUAGUAUAUAUAUCUCAAACACUGAAGGUGAACUCUAUUGUUUGUCUGUUCGUAGCCGUUACUUUAGAUGGAUACAGGAUUUUAGUUCAUUUGACAAGAAUUUCACCAUCACUGCCGGAAACAAUGGUCAUCUUUAUGUAACAGUUCCAGCUAAGGCUCUUGUAUUGGCUCUAGAUGUCUUUUCAGGUAAUGUCUUGUGGCAGAGAAGUAUUGGGCCAUUAAGCAAAUUUGACUCUGCACCUGUAGUGGACUCUAAUGGAUGGAUAUCUAUUGGUUCAUUGGAUGGGUUCCUAUACUCAUUUUCACCAACUGGGGUUCUUAAGAAAUUCUCAAGAAUGAAUGCAGAGAACUCUAUGGUUCAAGUUGGUCCUUUUCUUGAUUGCUCUGGUUUUGCCAUCUACAUUUCACAGAUAGAGAUGGAAGGAAAAGUUAGCCACGCAAUUGGUGAAUACACUGUUGUUUCAGCAAUUCGAUCAAAAGCAGCAUUAUUCACUAUGAUGGUUCCUGCAACUGGGUCAAUCUAUUGGUCUGAAAGCUAUCCUGGUAAACAUUCUACUUUAUUUUCUGAGAGUGAUCUAAGUCAUUAUGUCAUGAAUGAGGAGAUUCUUCUUGCUUUCCUUGCUGCCUCAAAGAUUGGCACCCCGCUGCAAUGCCGCACUAUAGGUCAGAAGCUUGCAUCUAGCUGCUCUCAAGAGAGAACCAAGCUUGUAAGCAUCUACACAGGCAACGAAAGGGCGAUAGUAUUGUUUCUGCUCUUUGAGUCUGCUCUCUUGUUGGUACUGAUCGGACUUUUAAGAUUCUGCUGUACAUUCUGGGCAAAAGAGAAGCUUAAAGAUCAAGGCCUUGGAAGCUUCCUUGGCAAGAGAUGCUCUCUUCGGCUCAAAAAGAAAGCUUUGGAUAGGACAAUCACAGAGCUUGAGAAAAAAGCUGCAGAGGACAAUGAAGUUUUUGAAAAGUUGGGUGAUAUAGUAAGAGAAAGGGAAUGCAUAGAGAGGAAGCUCUCAACCACCUAUAGUUUGGGAAGGGACAGGACUGACUCACAACCAAAGUCUAUGCUUCCUGUGCAUAUGGGAAAAACAAAAAGCUUCUCAUUUCAGGAUGCAAAGCAAAAGAACAUGACAGUGCUUCACACAUUAAGUGAUACAUCUUCCAGUGAAAGCAGCACUGAAGGAGAGACUAACAUGCUUGACAUUGAAGGGAUGGAUUCAUCAACCAAGGCCAAAGCAAAGACCCUUAUAGUGGAUACUUCAAGUACUGAAUAG